AUGGCCUCCAUGGGUGAUGAUCUGUCUAUCUCUGUGGGCGGUGCGCCAAUUGGUGCUCCCCAUGCGCAUGGGAGGUUGGCGAACAACCUCGUCAUCCCCUGCAUCCUCGCAAUCGAACGUCAUAUAAGCUGGGCUGCCCGUUUGCCCUCUAUGCCAAGCGUGUGCGAACGCCAAAACAGCUUCGAGAGGCAGCUGAACGUGGACGAGCCUUCGAUGAUGAAUGGGAGCUCAUGA